GGCGACUGGGUGGGGAGUGGACGCUGAUUGGCGCUUCUGGACUUGUGGUUUUCAUUUCACCGGAAGGAGGAGGAGCGGCGGACGGCAAGGGAGAGGGCCGGCUGGGCUGCUGGUCUCCCCCCAGGAGUGAAGAGUUGUGAAGAUGACUUCCAUGCUCCAGUCCUCCUCCUUCCCACUUUCUCAAGGGCAUAAGAAUGUUUAUUACAUCCUGAUGGAAAACCAGCCCUAUGGCUGCAAGCUAUUUUGUGCAGGGAGCCUGUGCUACCUAAAAGAGCAGACGUACCUACGAAAUAUUAAAACCGACACUCACUUUUGGAGGUUUACCAUGGUAGAGGAUAACUCUGUGGUCACGAUGUCUGUAGACAUUCUUCACCCUCUGGAGAAGAAAGUGGCAGAUUUCCUCAUUGCUAUCAACCACCCCCAUGAGCGGCUGAACUGUUUUCUGGAAAAGCAUUUUGUAAACUCUGCUAUGAAUGCAAGGCCAGGUCAGCGGGUCCUUGCAGAUUUGGACCGACAGAUAUUCCACGGCACCCUGCGCUAUAUUGGAAAGCUAAGAAGCCCUUUGCCGUGUGGACUGUGUCCAAUUUACUUUGGGGUGGAGUUGCAGGGUGAUGGUGUUGGCAGAGGCCACUCUGAUGGCUCUUAUAACGGGACAGAAUACUUCAAGUGUAAACCAGACUGUGGCCUGUUCCUGCCAUGUAACAAGUUGCAGUUUCUAGGAGCUUCUGAGAACAAGAUGGACCAGGAAGAGGAGCAGGAGGCCAUCGAGGAGGUUCCAGUGAAAGUGGGGGAAACAGUUGGCUUCUAUAUGGAUGAUGUCUACACUCGAGCAGUAGCCAUGUCUGUUUACAAGGAGGGUGGCAACUGGAUGAUUAAAGUGUGCCCGGAGGAAGAAGGGACAACGGAUGUUUUUAGGGAUAUCCCCAUGGACUCCGUGGUGAAGGAGGAGCUGCUUUCAUCAUCGCUUGAGGUCCACAAAGACGGAGGGCCCCAGAUGCAGCGGAAACGCGAAAGAAGCGAGAGCUUGGAGGACAGAGAGAACAAGCUGCCGUCCCUGGAUGUGAAUUCCGUCGUGCAGAUAGACCUGGGCACGGGCAGUUUCGUCACCGGCACGAUCCGCUGGAUCGGCUACAUGUUGGAAACAGAGCAGAAAAUGGCUGGGAUUGAACUGGAUGAAGAGAAGGGCGUCUGUGACGGCGAAUGGCAGGGGGUGCGCUACUUCACCUGUCCCACGAAGCGGGGCCUCUUCGUCAGCCUGGAGCAGUGCCAACCCGACAUGCGCUUCUUGUGCAACGACAUGCGCUUCCCGGAGCCCGUCGAUUUCAGUGAGCUGGAUCGCCCGGAGGUUCUGAGCAACUUGCCCCCCUCAGGGGAUGAUGUAGCAUGCGUCCUCUUCUCUUGUACUUCUGUGCUGGACUGCAUGCUGUUCAAACCCUCCCCUCCGCCUGACAGACGCAUUCAGAAGAUCCUCCGGGACAAAGAUAGUCAACCCGCUCAGACGGGAAAGGCUUACGUCUCUAGUAAGCGUGAUGAACCUUCGGCACCACCCUGUGAGGAAGACCAGUGUUCAGUUUUGCCACUUGAGGAGAAGACUCGGAGGAGUUUCUUGAAUCUCAUUAUGCACGCAUCCUUGGAAUCCGAGCCACUUCACAAAGCUGCACAGCAGACGCUCCCCCAAGAGUUCUGGUGGAGGGGUUCUGGCGGCCUGAUAACCACAGCGGAGCAACUUUUGCUUGCUGCUUUCAGGUCUGGCAAGCUUAAAGAGCAAGAGUGCUUCUGCUACCAGAUCUUCAUGGACAAGCAAGAGGACCUGGUGGUGCCCAACGUCCAGCAGCUGGUGGAACAUUCCUUCCUGUCUUCUGACCUCAAGCUGGUGGAAAUACCCUCCUGCUUCAUCCUUCAAAUGCCCCGUUUCGGGAAGGAGUACAAAAUGUUCAGCAAGAUCAUCCCUUCUUUGGAGCUGGAUAUCACGGACCUACUGCUGGAUAGUCCCCGGGAGUGCUUUGUGUGCGGAGACGUCGCCUCUCAGGAAUGCUCGGCGUGUUUUAGAGACAAGAUGUUUGCGGACACGGGUCUGAAGCAGUAUUGUGAUUCCUGCUGCCAACAGGCCCAUUCUCACUACCAGCGCAAGAUGCACCAGCUCACCAAACUGCGGGUCCCCGAGGGGUUCUGCAAGUCCGGCGCCCGUGGCAGUUUGCGAGUGCCUCGGGAGAAACUGGAGCUCUUCGCUGUCCUCUGCAUUGAAACCAGCCACUACGUCUCCUUCGUGAAAUAUGGGCCAGAGAGAGAGAACUGGAUGUUCUUUGACAGUAUGGCGGACAGACAUGGUGACGAGAGCGGCUUCAACAUUCCCACCGUGACGCUGUGUCCAGAGGUGGCCAAGUAUCUGGAGAUGCCGGUGGCAGCUCUGGCCAUGGAGCAACCCCGGGACAUGGAAGGAGUCGCCAAGCGCCUCUUCUGUGACGCCUACAUGUACAUGUACCAGAGCAAGAAAAUGGCGCUUUAUAAGUGACUGAGCGAUGCUGAGCGAUGCCACCAGCCGCCCUCCUCUCCAGAGCGGAGGCGAAAGGCCUCGUGGGCUUAUCUGCUAAGGCGGUCUUCUAAAACUUCUCGCUUGCUGUUUGAGGGAGUUCUCCAUGCGGGGAACGGGAUCUGCAGUUCUCUUCAGCUUUGAGCAGCUGGUGAUUUUUGAGCCAUCUGGAGGUCCGUGCUUGUGUGCAGCGGGACCAGAUUUCUGCACCUUGUCUCGUAAUGGGGAGAUCACUCCCAGGUGUUCUUUAAUACUGGGGAGCCUGAACCUUUACUUGGGCCUUCAGCUCAGGGAAAUGGUGGCUUGGAGGGGGCUCAGGCUGUGACCGGUGGUGGUGGUGGUGGUGGUCCUAGCCACGAGCCCACAAUUUCUCACAUUGACUGGAUUCUCUGAAUCCAAAGGCAACUGGGAGAGAAUCCCUCUCCCUCAGCACUGAGGAAAACGUCUUCCGCUAGGACCUGCUCCUGCAAUAAAUUCCGGGGUGGGGGUGGGGGGUGUUGAACUGGAAUCUCAAAGGACCAACGACUAUGAUUUCUCCACGUA